AUGAGCAGAAGAUCCUAGAACUCACCCACAAGAUGAUGGAGCUGCUGACUGGAGAGGUUCCUAUACGGUGUCAGGAUGUCACUGUCUAUUUCUCCUUGGAGGAGUGGGAAUAUAUAGAAGAACACACGGAUCUGUACAAGGAGGUCAUGAUGGAGGAGCACCAGCCUCUUAUAUCACAAGAUGAAUCCAGGAGGAGAAAUCCACCAAAGAGAUGUCCCUGUCCUCUGUAUUCCCAGGACUGUCCAGAGGAGAAGGUCCCAGAGAAUCCUCAGAUGAUAAAUCAGGGGGAAGAUCUGAGUGAUAUUAAAGUGGAGGAUAAAGAAGAGAGAAUGAUGGGCGAUCCCCUAUGUAAGAGUGAGGUGGAGGAGGACAUUCCAGGAGAUGUCACCACAGGUUUGUGUAAUAGAAAUGGAGACUGGGUACAUACCAGAAUUGUGGACUUUGUCAGAGUGCUGCAGAAAGCUUUGUAAAGCUGGAAUCACAUGUGGAAACUUUCAUGAAUUUUUUUAACCAAAGCUAGGAGUGGAUUUAAAAUGAUUGGCUUCCAGCCUAAUAGGAAUGUUUUAAG